UUCUAUUAGAAACCCAGAAACUGGCCACUAUGGUGCAAGAGGAGGGAGGGCAGGGUGGCAGUGGCCACGGCCCUGAGAGAUUCUCAGUGGGUAGGCAGGCUCUGCGUACUAGAGUCCCCCUUCCAGCCUUUGAGGCUUCCGUCUCUGGGACCGCCCUCCCUCCCCGACCUGGUUUGCCUGCUUAUCGCCCCACCUCCCGUGCCUGCCCCACCCCAUCCCUUCCUAGGUUUUCUCUGCCACCCAGCCUUGUACUCUUCUCCCGAUCUGUCCCCCGGCAGCCCUCGACCUGGGGUGCAAAGCUCUGAGAUGCCACGUCCUCCUCGGUGGUGGGAGGCCUCCAGCUGAGGUUUCUCUUCUACUUUCACAUUCGGCCUGCAAUGGCAGCGAGGACGUCGAAUUCUGGAGCUUGUCCUGCUGCUGGCAGUCCCAGACCGGUCACCAGGGGCUGAGUGGGGCUGAGGAGGGACAUGGAGCCUCCGUGUGGCUGGGAGUCUUCCUCUGGGAGCCCCGCGCCCCAGCCAGACAUCCUGAGGCUGGCGCUGUGCUUCCUCCUCCUGGUACCCCGCCGCUUCACCCUGGCGCUGCCCCUCUGCAAAGAGGAGGAGUACCCGGUGGACACCGAGUGCUGCCCCAAGUGUAGCCCAGGUUACCGGGUAAAGCAAGCCUGCAAUGAGGAGACUGGCACGGUGUGUGUGCCCUGCCUCCCGAGGACCUACACGGCCCACCUCAAUGGCCUGAGUGAGUGUCUGCGGUGCCGAGUCUGUAACUCAGCCAUGGGCCUCGAGACCCGGCAGGAGUGCUCCACCGUAAAAGACACCGAGUGUGGCUGCCCCCAGGGCCACUUCUGCAUGAGCGAGGACACGGACCCCUGUGCCAUGUGCCGACCCCACAGUGUUUGCAGUGCAGGCCAGCAGGUGCGAACGAGAGGCACUGAGAAGCAAGAUACAGUGUGUGAGGACUGCCCGCCUGGGACCUUCUCUCCCCUGGAGACCCUGGACAAGUGUCAGCCCUGGACCAGCUGCAGUGGCUGGUUGGAGAGCGAAACCAGGCCUGGAACCCGUACCACAGAUGCCAAAUGCUCCUCUUGGCUUCCUCUUAUUUUGGGCCCUGUUGUUUUUAUGACGCUUGGCCUUGUGAUCUGGUACCUGAAGAAACACCAAAGGUCAUCUGGGAGUCUGACCAAGCGGAAGCUCUCUUUACAGAGGUGGGUAAAACGAAUUCCAGAAGGGGAUGCCAUAACCUUGGAGGCCCUGCAGGUUGGGCCGGAUGUCACCACGGUGGCCGUGGAGGAGACUAUGAGAGAUGAAGCUGAACAAGGAUCCAAAACUUAGAUAUCAAGACAGGCCUGGGGCCACCAGGAUGACAGUGGUUACUCUUCUCUGUGUGGGUAGCGCCUGGGAGCCAGAAGAGCUUGGCCGAGACCUGCCCUUGGGUUGGCUGCAGCUCCACCACAGAGAGAAAGACAGGGUCACAGCUCAGGUGACAUGUGGACACCACCCAUCUACCUCAUCAAUGACAUGAGCUGCCCAGAGCCUUCCCCCGGCCCCACUCUGGCUGAGCACCUCUGGGACCAGCACUCUGAGGAACCCAGUGUCCUGCCACUCCUACCCAGCCCUGCCUGCUGCACAGCUCUCUCCACAGACCCCUGCAAGCCCAGGACUGUCUGGCCCCAACCCCAGCUCCCUGUCUUUCCUAAUACCCCUCUGAACCUCAGUUGCUCGUCUGUGGAAUGGGCCUGUGGGGACCUACCUCACAGGGCUGGGACUGUGCACGAUGGACCAUUUCUAUGGCAUUAUACAAAUGCCACACUUUAAAGUGGUUGUCUAAAAUGAAUUUGUGUUUGGCUUUAUUAAAAAAAAAAAAAAAGUUUUUUUUUUUUAUUAUUUUUUUCUUGUAAUAAAUGAAUAUCUUGUGAAGAGGUAUUUUGAGACCAGGUGAAUACCCUGUUUCAUAUCCAACUUUCGCCCAUUCUUCCCUGAAACAAUAAAUUACUAGGUGGUUGUGUAGCUGUGAUGUUCUAGUUCUAUCAUCCUUGGAACACUGGUUAGUGGAAGUUCUAUAGGAAGGACGAGCUUCCCUUUUUCUCUAUUUAUGCACUUACUUACCUCACGAUGACCUCAUGGUUUCUUACUUUAUUCAGUAGGUUCUAAUUCAUUACUGUAAUUAUUUAUUGGGUGUCCAAGUGGUCCCAGAUCUGUCCAAUGGGAGUACCUUC